UAUUGCAGUGCUUAUUCGUCCAUACUUUGAAGUGAAGGAAGUCGCAGAGAGAACGUAUUAAACAAAGUAGUCGUAACCAAAAUGUCGGGAGCUGUUUGCUUCCUGUUGCUGUUGCAAUUGUUUUGCGCGGCAUGUGGCGCGUGGGUAGAGCACUCGCCCUACUCCUUACAGGCGGCAGUUGAUGAGCUGCAUCGUCGAGAAUCCGACAAAUAUCCAUUGAAUGCACCACCUUCACAAAAUUACUUUACUGGGGCAUUGGAUUUGGGUGGCGAACAAGAUUACUGGGAUGAUGACUCUGAUCUCACCUCCAACACAUAUAACAAAAACCGCAAUCGUCACAAAUUAAAUAAGGCUCUUGCCAAGUAUUUGGAACAAGAGAGGUUCCAAACUAAUAACGAUGGCCUUGGCCUAGGACCUUUUGGGGGAUACGAAUUCGAUGAAGAUAGUAGCAAUCAGUUUGUCGUAGAACCCGACGAAAAGAAACGUUCAUCAUACUUUAGAGAGCGUGAUAACAAAUAUG